CAUAACACAGUAAUGAAGUAACGCCUAGCGAAUAUUCGAACUACUGCAGUCGUUUGUUGAUGUUGAUCGCAUAUUCGAGAUGCUGAUGGAUGUUUGAAAGUUAAAUCUAUCAGAUCACAUUGUUGUGCGCACUUCAUCUAGUGGAAGUGUGCAUUGAAGUCAACUUUUUCGACUUUGAAGAAGGAAACCAUUCCAGGAUUUUGGAUUCAGAGCCGUUGGCGAUCCAAUCAGCUGAAAACUGCGAUCGCAGCUGUUUAGAAAAUAGUGGAUCGCAAAGCUACUGUUUGAUGAGAAAAUAAUUUAUUUUCAAAGAUGAAACGAGAGGACCAAGAGUUGUUAGAGCGGGCUGAGGAGAAAGAGAAUAACGAAGAAAAACCUGAAAAUGAAAGUCAUAAACAAGACGAUUUCUUCGAAGAUGAAUUUGACAGGGAGUUCUGGGUGAAGGUUCGUCAGAAGCAGAGUGAAGGACUGUCUUGGAGCAGUGCUAUGAAUGAAGUACGAGUUCAAAGACUAAUCCAGAAAUACAAAGAUAAUGGGGAACUGGACAGUGAGGAUCCUGCACUUGUGAUGUUAAAAACUUGGCCAACAUCCAAAAGAUACAAAGACAAUCCUGAUAAACUACUAGGCCUUGAGCAGCUGAUUAGUAAGUUUUUGGUGAUUCUGUUGGAAAGUGAAUUGAACUCGGGCAACAGAUAUGAAACAUUCAGAGAUGCGGAUGACAAAACAGGAAAGACAUUGCUACAUUAUGCUGCACAACUUGGCUUUUUACAUGUCACCAAAACACUUGUGAAGAAAUGUCCAGGACUGCUUGCUUUGAAAACAAAAGCUCAGCUUAAGCCCGAGAAGAAAAGAGCCAUGUUACCAAUUGAAUUGGCAUUAAUAGCAGAGAAUGAUGAAGUGGCAGCAUAUAUGAUUAGAAUGAUGUGGCAUGAAAGAGUACAGAGCUUAUUUUCAUGGAGACCAGGAGACAUGACCAAUCCACAGCCAUCUUUCUUCAGUUUCAAGUCAAUUGUCAAGAAUCCCAAAAUGAAGAAAACUGUAGUGGCUGUACUUGACCAGAUGGUAAACCCUCACUGGCCACACCUCCCAAAGCGCAAGGACGAGUAUGAUAAUGAUGAUGAGGAAGAAGGAAUUGAAGGGGCCUGGACCACCAUCCCUGAUGACCCACUGGACUAUCACUUUUAUUAUCAUAUUUUGGAUGGUGACGAGGGAGGACGACCUCCAAAGAUUGUGUCAUCUGAAGGACUUAAGCAGACAGACAAUGAAUAUUUUAAUCUGAGGGACAAGUCGUGUUUGCAUUUGAUUGCUAUGAGUAACAAUAAGGAGGCUCUGCAACAUCCUGUUGUCAGAAUGUUGAUAAAGACAAAAUGGAACCGUUUUGGACAUUGGUUUCUCAGUGUUCAUGCAGCAUUGUAUGUGAUCUUCUUGCUGUUCUUGUCCUAUUCCUUGAUUUAUGGCUCCACCAAGCUGGACCCCACCCAAUACAGGGGUGCUGCUGAUUCACUACGAGGAAUUUGUGAGGUUGUUACCCUUUUCAUGGUUGUCUUCUACAUCUGUGAAGAAAUCAAUCAAAUGAGAAAAGAGCGACACUCCUACUUUAAAGAAUGGAUGAAUCUGUUUGACUGGUUAGGCCUGGUGUUGAUCUUGUGUAUAAUACCUUUACGGUACACUGAUAACAAAGCACAGUGGAAGGUGGCUUCUUUGGCUUUCUUGUUCAACUUCCUUAGGAUAUUUAAAUUUUCUUGUGUAACAAGGACCACAGGGUUGUACACAAAGACUUUGGCCAAGAUUAUUCAGCGAGACGUGACGAGAUUUAUGGCAGUUUUUGUCGUGGUAUUUCUUUCCUUCUGUGGAGCGUUGUUUUUGUCUGUGCAGUCUUCCAAGCAAAAUCAACAAUUCAGGGGUUUUGAAGACGUCUUGUUGAGCGGAUUUCGUGCACUUUCAGAACAGCAACCGAUUGCAGAAGAUUACUCGACUUUCAACUGGCUGUCGAUUCUGUUGAUGUUAUCGUACAUGGGAACAGUGAUUGUGAUUCUGCUCAACAUUCUCAUUGCCCAGAUGAGUACGACCUACACACAGGCCAAGAAAGUCGCUCGUCUGGAAUAUGAUGUGGAUCGUAUUUCACUGCUCACUCGCAUGGAGAGAUUUCCUUUUCUGAAUCUGCGCGUAAAGCAUUACAAAGAGGGAGACUGGAUCAGUGAAAUGAAACUCGCUAAAGAAUUGCUAGAAUUCACUGAAGAUCGUCAUCACUGGGAGUCAGUGGAAGAGAAGCUUGAUGCGAUCAGGGAUAUGAUGAGAAAGAUGGUCAAGCAGAUGAGGCCUGAUAGAGAACAGAGGGCUGUCAGUCGAGAUAUCUCUGAGUGAAAUCUUCCGUAACGCUUUCAGUUCAAUGUAUAAAGUAACGUUUUACGUCGAACGCUAUUAGACGUGAAAAUACGGAGUCAUAAAUGAUAGCCAGAGUUGUUUUUGCUUGAUUUAUAAUACACAUAUCAAAGGAAACAAAACGAACUAUUACAGUAAAGUCAAACAAACGAACUUUGAGGAACUUGUAAAGCACAUAUUUAUAAUCUCAGAACAUAGAUGUAUUUUAAAUUUUAUUUGCAUAUCUAUACAAAGAGCACUGCUAGUAAUAAUAAACUGGUAUAUUGCAUCUUAAUUUAUAUUUAGUGAAUAUAUUUUAUAACUUAUCUACCAUGGUAUGUAUCCAGAAAAGUUAAAUUGUCUAACAGGUUGUCACAUAUACAUAUAUCGAGGUACCUAAAAAUACUGGA